CUCCCACAGUGUCCCCACGCCUGGCAGCGUCCCCAUGUCCCGCUGUGUCCCCACGGUGCCCCGGGUCCCACACAAAGGCUCCUCUGUGCUCCCCGGGCACCACGUGCGGCUCAGCCACGCGGCCGCCGCAAAUCCCCGGGCGGGGGGAUUAUCCAGGGGGGAUUAAGGGCCCGGAUUUGGGGGGGCUGGGGCUGGGGCAGCUGCUAUAAAGGCGGGGGGCUGGGGCGCGGGGGGGCAGAGGCCGUGCCAUGGCUCCCAAGACGGUGCUGAUCACCGGCUGCUCCUCCGGCAUCGGGCUGGCGCUGGCCGUGCGGCUGGCGAGGGACAAGCAGCGCCGCUUCCGAGUCAUCGCCACCAUGAGGAACGUGGGCAGGAGCGAGGCGCUGGCGGCGGCGGCGGGGCCGGCGCUGGGCAGGACGCUGGAGAUCAAACAGCUGGACGUGUGUGACGAGGGCUCCAUCCGCGCCUGCCUCGACAGCAUCCCCGGGCGCCACGUCGAUAUCCUGGUCAGCAAUGCUGGGGUGGGCAUGGCGGGACCCCUGGAGUGCCAGAGCCUGGCGGCCAUGCAGAGCCUCAUGGACACCAACUUCUUCGGCCUCGUCCGCCUGGUCAAGGAGGUGCUGCCCGACAUGAAGCGGCGCCGCGGGGGCCACAUCGUCGUUAUCAGCAGCAUCAUGGGCCUGCAGGGCAUCGUUUUCAAUGACAUCUACUCGGCCUCCAAGUUCGCUGUGGAGGGUUUCUGCGAGAGCCUGGUGGUGCAGGCGCUGCGCUUCAACGUGGCGAUCAGCCUGGUGGAGCCGGGGCCGGUGAUGACAGAAUUCGAGACCAAGUUGUACGAGGAAGCCGAACGCGCUGAUUACUCACGGACUGACCCCGAGACGGCCGAAAUCUUCACCAAGCUCUACCUGAGGAACUCCAGGGAUGUGUUCACCAGCCUGGGUCAGACCCCUGAGGACAUUGCAGAGCACACCCUGCGGGUGAUCGAGGCUGCUCGGCCGCCGUUCCGGCACCAGACCAACGUGGCGUACACGCCGAUGGCCGCGCUCAAACACGCCGACCCCAGCGGCGCCCUCAUCACCGACGCCUUCUACAAGCUGGUGUUCAAGUACGACGCGGUGCUGCGGUUCGGCCUCCGCGCCAUCCGCCUGCUCCGCUGGAAGGCACAGAAAGUCAAGGCGGGCGCGCGGCUCCUGGGCUUCAAAUGAGCCCUUGUGGCCCCUGGGCACUGCCCAGCCCAUCCCAGGGGCGAGGGCGAGGGGCCGGGACCCGCGCAGGGUUUCGCUUCCCGUUCCCGGCCCGAAAUAGCUGCCGCCGCCGCCGCAUUAAAAUGGGGACGGUAUUUAUAUCAGUGCCGGGUGAGCAACGCAGGGCAGCUUCCUCUGGAAGUGCAGCGGCCGUGACGGGGCUGGGAAGGGCUGGCAGCUGUCCCCUGCCCGCCUCCUGCUCCCCUGGGACACCUGUAGCUCCGUGUGACACCCAGGGGAUCUCACCCCGUCACCCGCUGGUGCCGCAUCCUCCUUCCUCCAGCACUGCUGUGGGGUCG